AUGAAUACAGAAACUAUACAAAAAACUACAAAAUCAUUUAGAUUUUCAUUUCCCACAUGCACCAACGAAGAUGUAUUUUUUAAAUUGGAAGUGCCUGUGGAGAUUCCAUACAGCGGAUCUCCGGGAGAGCUCGUUCAACGCGUUAUAAAUAUGUUCCACAUACCAGUCUAUUUAGAAGAUGAACUCAAUGAAAAACUAGUGGAAUUUAUAUAUGAAGAAACAACAAACUUUCAUAAUGAGAGAGAUGAAAAUCUACUAAACCAACUCAAGAAUGGAGAACUAAAUGUAGAAAAAAUUGUGAAAAAUUGGGAGAAACUUUUCAAAGAAAAUGUAGUUGAAUAUGCUGAACAAAAAGGAACAUCAGAUGAAGAAGUAUUUGCAGCAGCAUAUCAUAAACUGGUACAUUCACCAGCGUUAGAAACAAUCUUGCAAGUGGAGAAUUCUUAUGCUAAAACAGUCAUGACUACUUUGAAGAAUAGAGAUGAAGAUAUUAAAAAGUUAACAGAAAGGCAGACAGAAGAAAUGGAAGAAAAAGUUCGCCUCCUAAAUACAUUCACCACAGAGGAAGAGAUCAAUGAACUCGCGGCACAACACUUUGAACAGCAGAACCUUGCUGCUGGCCGGUGGGGAUCACAGCUAGACGCUCUCUGUCAGGCGCAACGAGCGCAUCAUCGUACAUGGCUUAUGAAUACUUUAGAUCAAUACCAGACUACUGCUGAACUGGAUACUCCAAGUAACUCUCCACUGGCAACGUUUUCCCUGGAGCGGUUGGCUUUGCCGGCACCCCGGCCACGACCAGAAGAGAGCUUCACCAUACAUUUGGGCAGUCAACUCAAACAGACCCACAACGUACGCAUUGUCGCCAUGGACAUGAUGGAUUUAUGUACAUUACAACAUGAUGACCCGACAGAAGCGUCUCGUCGCCUGCAGACGUCGCUGUCCCUGUAUUCAUCGGAGUUGUGCGCGUGUGUACUGGUGGGGGGUGGUCCAAGAGGUGGGGAUACAACUAAACAACUGGCACGAGCCGCCGCCGCAUCCACUGAUCAUCACUUCCCACACGUGGACACACAACUACAGGAUAUUGCUGAGAAAGUCAAGGAACCGGUGGAACAGCGCAACGCCCAGCGCAUAAAAGAACUGGGCCAAGACCCGAGACGUGCGAAAAGAGACCUGCAACCGGGCGACGUGUUCAUCACCAAACACAGCAACCUGGCAGACGUGCACGCUGUAUUCCAUCUAGUUGCUGACGAUGCCGCACUUAGAUCAGGUGACAUAACAUCCCGUCACCCUGCGAUACUCGGACUGCGUAACAUCCUAAAAGCGGCGGCGAGCAAUGACGUAGCCAGUAUAUCCAUACCGCUACUCCUGAGGCACGACCUAUCAGAGGAGACCACAGCGGCAUGGUGUGUACGGCGAGCUGAAUUGGUAUUGAAAUGUGUGAAGGGAUUCGUGCUGGAAGUGGGCGGUGUGGGCGGCGGCGGUACUGCUGGUAGCAACAGCGGUAGCGGCGGCGGCGGUGGUGGGGUUCACACAAUCCACUUCGUAUUGCCGUCGCAAGCGGCGCCGGCAUUAUUCCAGUCACUGGCGGCGUUACUACCCGCUAUAUUCCGCAUAUCAAAUCCAGUGAAAGUCAAACCGCAGCCGGUGUGA